AUGCGCGACUCCGUCCGUCGUCUCUCGGACUCGGCGAAGAAACGCUUCCGCGUUGUCAGGGGCAACGGCGCCGCCCGCCAACCGCGCUGCGAAUACUCGUCACGUGGCGCCGUUGGAGAGAACCCGGAUGCGGCCAGCGCGACGGGAGAGCGUCGUCCGGGCGACGGCGGCGGCGGCGGUAGCGGAUCUACAUCAAGUUGCGGCGGCAGCGGCGGCGGCCGUUCAGAUGACUUGGAACCAGAAUGGCUGGAUGAUGUCCAGAAGAAUGGCGAGCUCUUCUACCUGGAGCUGAGCGAGGGUGAAGAGGAGGCCGCGUUAGCCCAGGCUGCUGCCAGCCAAGUCGUAUCCACCAAUCAUGUCCGUUUCAGCGAGAAGGAGGCGGAGAUCAUCACAGAGCAAAACAGGAAGCAGCGCUCUGAUUCACGUAUGAAAGGAGAACACAAGCUGAAGAAGUUAGCCAGAAUUCUGCGGAGGAAACGUCGUCCGUCCCAGCGCAGAGGAGGAGGGAAGGAUGGAGGUCCGGGUGGCUCCACCUUGUCGUCACCCCCGGCGUCCAUCUUGAAGAAUCAGGCUGGCCAGAGGCAGGGAGUAACAGUGCAGCAGCACCGGCUGAAGGAAGUGUGCGUCUACCUCAACCCAAAACGCCUGGGAACCUCUUCCACACUUCUCUCUGACAGAGGAGGCCUGCUGGAGGCUCUGUUGGGGGUGAUGCAUCGCCCCUGCUGGAACAGAGGCCAGGAGGAUCCUGCAGGAGGCAGACGGGAGGAGAAACUGACUAUUCACGCAUUGGUUCCCAACAGCCCGGCGAUCAAGUGUGGCCAGAUCCUUAUCGGUGACGUGCUCGUAGCGAUAGACGACGUGGACGUGACCUCGGAGAACAUCGAGAGGGUUCUUUCGUGCAUUCCAGGACCAACCCAGGUGAAGCUGACCUUGGAGACAGUGGGUCUGGACGGGCUCGGCAGCGGUGGUCUGGACUCUCCUACGGUCCAGGCGAUGAGGGCGUCUCCUCCCGUCAGCCAGCUGGUGCGCCUCCUGUGGGGGGAGGACACGGCGGAGCUCCAGAUGUCCAUCGGACACGUCCCACACAUCGUCAUGUACCUGUCACUCAAACUGGACUCCGAGUCCCAACAGGAGGAGCAGGAGAUCCUGUACCAGUACCCGGUGUCUGAGGCGUCCAGCCAGCUGAAGGGUGUGAGGGGGAUCUUCCUCACCCUGUGUGACAUGCUGGAGAACGUCACCGGAGGGCGGAUCAUCAGCUCAUCCCUCCUGCUGGGGAAACACUUGGUGCAUGUCGGCUACUGGAAGGAGGGAAACAACCUGUUGGUCGUCGGUCUUCCUGCUGACAGCAUCCCGUUGUUGUAUCUGCAGACGGUGGUGGGAGGUGCAGUGCGGACGCUCAGGGUGAUGUACGGCUCCUUAGACAGAGCGUUCUGCCAGACGGACCAUGCUCCCAGGUUGGACCACUUCUUCUGCCUGUUGUUCCAGCGGCUCAUCCAGCCCUCCCGCCUGACGGACAGCUGCUCGGCCCCGCCCCCCGACAUAUCGGCGACCCUUUUUCUCGACGGACUGCCGGCGGUCCGAUGGCUCACGCUGCCUCCUGACAUCAAGGUGGAGGUGGACACUGUCCUGUCAGAUUUUGAGUCUUCAGACUUCGGAGAAAUGUCAGAGGACUUCUUUGGCUUGAGGCGCCUGUAUGUGAUUUUGGGCUCCUGCCUGUUCUAUAAGGGUUACCUGAUAGCCAACCACCUUCCUAAAGAGGACCUGCUGGAUGUGUGUCUGUACUGUCAGCAUUACUGUCUGCUGCCGCUGGCGUCGGAGCGGCGGGUCGGUCAGCUGGUCAUCUGGAGGGAGGUCUUCCUGCAACACAGAGCUCCUCGCAGCGCCGCCGCAACGGGUUACAGCCAACCAAACGGACGCCACUUCCUCCUCAUUGUGGGACUGAGACAUUUCAUGCAGUGUGUGCUGUUGGAGGCAGGUGGCUGUGCCUCCUCGGCUCUGGGCUCCCCGGGACCCGACUCCGUUUAUGUCGAUCAGGUCAAGGCCACCCUGCUGCAGUUGGAGGUGUUGGAGUCAGGCAUGGAGGAGCGUUUGAACGGUCCACCGGCUCCCUGUCUUUCCUGCUCCGACUGGUUCCUCCCUGCUGCCUCGGCCCGCGAGCGCCUGGACAGCCUUGCCUCCUCGUCCCCCGUCCUCAGCAAGCUAGCCGGAGCAGUCAGGAGCUCCUCCGCGGGCCCCCGGGGCCGCAGCCUGUUUGGAGAGAGGGCCCGGAGGCCCAGCCCCCAGAGGAGCCUGUCGGACAGUGGGAGCGGGGGUCCGGCAGACAGCGGUUCUGGGUCUUCGUCAGCACCUGGCCUCAGUCCACACUCCACACCAGACUCAGCCAGGAAGCUGGGUGGGCGCCGGGACUCGCUGGGCUCCGGAGGGUCAGACGGGAGUGGAGGUGGUGGGGGUCUCUUCAAGAUUCCCAGAAUGAAGCAUCCCAACCCUUUCCACCUCGGCACCCUGAAGAAGACGCUGACUGAGAGAGAGACGGAGGAGAUGUACAACACCAUGAAACUGACAACAGGUGCUGAAAACGCCCUCUUCCACUAUGUGAUGAUGGACUCGGUCCAGGGGAUCUUCAUCGCCCCCACCCACAGAGAAGUGACCCAGCUCAGUGGCUCCAUACACCCGCAGCUCAUCCGCAAUUUCCACCACUGCUGCCUGUCCAUCCGGGCCGCCUUCCAGCAGAGUCUGCCCCCCAGGGGGCGUCGGGGAGCUGACAAACCCCACGUGGGCGCCGGUCUCGGUCCGGUGAAGGAACACGGCGUUCUGUUUCAGUGUAAGCCAGAGAACUGGAGCGACCAGAGGAAACCUGCUCCCACCAUGACGUACUGGGUCAUAGGACGGAUGCUUCUUGAACCCGUCCCCCAGGAGUUCUAUGUGUGUUUCCACGACUCGGUGGCCGAGGUUCCCGUGGAGAUGGCCUUCAGACUGUGCUUCGGUCUGGCUGUGUGACCCGUCACCUCUCAGCUCCAUGGGAAG